UCUCAUUACGAGCUAUUAGGAAUCUCUGAAUUUGCCAAUCAGGAACAAAUCAAAGCGGCUUAUUUUAAGAAAUCUAGGGAUUGCCAUCCGGAUUGGCAUCCACGUGAUAAAGUAAAACAUGAUACUUUCGUAAAGUUAAAUGAAGCAUAUACCACUCUGCUUGAUCCAACGACUCGUAAAGAUUAUGAUUUUAAGUUGCAUAGUACGCCUGAUCAUUACAUCACCUCUUAUCCACCCCAUUACUGGCGUAACAAUUUCCAAGGGUAUAAUAGCCAACAAUCCUAUGCUAAGCCUCCAAAAAUAUUCAAAACGAAAAAUUACAUUGUAGUUUUGUGGCUAUGUGGAAUAUCUCUAGUCGGUGUAAUUAUACAUUAUUUCAUAGCCACUGUAGGCGGAGAGAUCAUUAGGAAAAGAAAAGAAGACAACAAUAAUCGAAUCGUCGCAUUGCAUAAAGAGAUUACUGACACUGCACGCAAAAACGGGCCUCAUAAACAAUUACAACUAUUCUUAGAACAACAU